UGUCCGAGCCUUGUACAUGCCCUCGAAUUCCCAACUGAUAUUUUGCUAUUAGCGGCCCACGACUCGCCCAACCUUUAAGACCUGUCUGCAAUCCGUGAUCUCAUGAGACGCGAACUUUGCUCCUCGUCAACCUCAUCCGGUCUUUCUCUGCUGGUGGCGCCUGUCUUCCCAUCUACGUCUUUUUUGGAGCGAGCUCAAGUCAUUACCGCUGUCUCGACAUCGCCAACAUCUGGUGGCUGGCCCACGGUUGACGGAAGUGGGGUUGCGAGAGCGAGAGCCUCUGAUCUCCAUUAAUGACCGGGCCUCAAACCCUUGAGGAUAUGGGGACAAGCUCCUCUGCUGCCACCGAACCCCGGACGGCUUCUUCCACGCCCUCGUCGUCGUUGGCCAUGAGGCAGGACCUCGAUCAAACACUGCAAACCUCACAGAACUCGACAAAUCAACCUUCUCAGAAUGCCAUGUUCAUGGAGCUUCCAAAACCACCCUCCUCGGCCGAAGCAUCGCUUGCGGCCUUGCAAUAUUUGCCUGUCCCUGUCAUCGUCCUCUCAUCGCUCAAGACUGUGCUGGUCGCGAAUGACGCGUUGGGGACCCUGCUCGGCCUUGAUUUGACAGCAACGCCACAUCAGGAUGUGUCAAGCGAGGGAACAAGUAGCGGCAUGUCCAUGAUAGAAGCGCUCAGGGGCCAAACAUUGUCCCAGUUGGGAAUCGAUAUGCUUCAGGAUGGCCAGCCAGUAUGGAUCGAUUGGGAGCGAUUUUUUGACACAUUGGCAUCCGAUAUCGAGCGGAAAUCUUCUGCCAGCGACGUCCCCCCCAGGCCUCUGCUAGCCUCUGAUCGCAGUCGUGAUGGCAGUUUGGGAUCAUCUUCAAGAAAUGACUCCCGCUUGCCUGGUUCCGCGGCCACUGGCAAAGCUAAUGCCGAGCUGGGCGCGUCCAACUCGCGAGCGGUCGUUCAUGAUAGCGUGGUCCAGGUGGUUGUUUCACCCCGUCAACGCGAAAUAUCGAGCGGCCCUCCACGCCAGACUCGUUGGGUCAAUGUAACGGAUAGCCAGGUCCAGGCGACCAUGGUCAUCUCCAUGUGGAAGAUGGACGAUCAACAAUAUUACACCUUGACGUUUACCAGCCCCGAAUUAUCUCCCAAGUCUAAUCCUCCGCCGUUAUCAAGAACUGUGUCGCGAGUUGCCGCCAAUGAUCUCACGUCUCCCGCGCUCUCCUCCAGCCCCGGUUCGUCGAAUCCCUCGCCCACAGCCGGGCCAGGAAUUGUGGGCUCCCCUUCAGCCUUGUCUGCAUCCUCGCCAUCACUCCCUCUACUACACCAGCCCGCACAUCCCGGAUCAGCCUCUGCCCCUUCGGCUUUGCAGAAGAUUACGCGCAUGAAGGAUGCCAUUCUCAAUUCCAUGGAAAUCCCGGUCUUUGCCAUGUGGAAAGACCAAAGUCUAACCAUUCCAAAUCGAGCUGGGAGUGAACUGCUCUCCCGGGAUGUUGAUCCGCUCUCUGCCGACGGUUAUGAUUUUACCUCUCGAUUAAAGAUAUACACUGAGGAUUUCAAAGAGACGAUUCCACCGGAAGAAUACCCAUUAAUUAAAGCAACAACAACAAGAAAGCCGGUCAAGAACUUUCGUGGCGGUACCAUUGACCCGAAAACUGGCUUGCACACACGAUGGGACUGUAGUGCUGAGCCAAUCUUUGACGAACGGACAAAUGAAUUCCUUGCGGCAGUCCUGUGGAUGCGCGAUGUGACGGAGUACACCGAUCAAAUAGCAGCCCAGGCGGAAGAGAUAGACCAGCAAUUUCAGGUCAUUUGCGAUACCAUGCCUCAGAUGCUCUGGACUACCGGGCGGGAUGGCAAACACGAAUACUUUUCGCAGCGGUGGUACGAUUACACGGGCCUCACGGAAGCGGAAUCCAUGAGGGUUUCCGGAUGGACGAAGGCUUUUCAUCCUGACGACGUGCCCAUGGCUUUGGAAAAAUGGGAGCAGUCGUUGCGUACCGGUGAGGCUUACGACAUAGAAUACCGAUGCAGGCGACGCGAUGGCGAGUGGCGUUGGAUGUUGGGCCGGGCCGUGCCUUUGAAGGAUCGCCGGACUGGAAAUAUUCUCAAGUGGUUCGGAACCUGCACCGACAUACAUGAAGUCGCGCAAGCGCGUACCGAAGCACGCCAAACACGAGAGCAACUUCUCAACGUUAUCUCGCAUUCCAAGGUUACCUUGUGGGCUGUCAACCGAAACCGCGACCUUGUUCUUCAGGAAGGGAAAUUAAUGUGGGAUGAUUUGAACGGAGUUGGCACACCUAAAUAUUUGGGCCAAAGACUCUAUGACCUCCUCGAUCAACAUUAUGGAGCGUCCGGCCUCCUGAUUUACCGGACACCAAUUGAGAACAUUUUCAGCGGAAAGAGCAAAGAGGAGGUCUCUGAACACCGCCUUGCUGGUAGUGGCCGUUGGUUCCGUACCCGCUUUGUGGCUGUCCAAUCUCAAAAAUCAACGAGUGCUCCCGGAAGCGAGGAACGGAAGGAUGGCGUGGUGGAGGAGGUCAUUGGAGUCAGCAUGGAUGUAACAGAGCUGAAGAAUCGUGAGGCAGACUUGCAUACGCAGGAGAGCGAGAACACUCGACUUGUAGCCAAGGAAGCAGCUGCCAAAGAGGCGAGCCGACUUAAAAGUCAGUUCCUCGCAAACAUGUCUCACGAGAUCCGCACUCCUAUUGCAGGCGUCAUCGGAAUGUGCGAGCUUUUGCUUGAUACGGGCCUCGAUCGAGAACAGCGGGAAUGUGCUGAGAACAUAGCUCGGUCCGCGAAUGGCCUAUUGACUGUCAUCAAUGACAUUUUGGACUUUUCAAAGGUCGAAUCCGGACGACUGGAUAUCGAGGAAGUUCAGUUCAGCCCCGCUGUCGUGAUUCACGACGUUAACCGCAUGCUCAAGUUCGCUGCCGAAAGAAAAGGGCUUGCUUUCAAAAGCAAUUAUCGUGUCAGAAACGACCUUAAACUUAUGGGUGAUCCAGGCCGUGUUCGCCAAAUCAUUACCAAUUUGCUGACAAACAGCAUCAAAUUCACCUCUGAGGGAAGCGUGACGCUCGCUGUAACCAGCGAUAAGGAAGACGACAAUACGAUACAGCUUAGAUUCGUUGUUGAAGAUACAGGAAUAGGGAUCGAAGAGGAGGUGCGAAAGAAGCUUUUCCAACCGUUCAGUCAGGCCGACAGCUCCACAGCAAGGCGUUUCGGAGGGACUGGAUUAGGCCUCACUAUUUGCAAGAAUCUUGUGAACUUGAUGCGUGGCGAUAUUACCCUCGAGUCUGCUCUUGGUAGUGGUACGAGAGCCUCAUUUUGGAUCCCUUUUAACAAGCCCUCGUUUCAGGGCGAAGAAUCACCGCUCGCGGACAUUGGAACUCUUCCGGACUGGCUUCAACCCGAGCUAUCGCUCUCUUGUGAAAGUUCAGACCCUGACAUUACCCGAGAUCCCGGGACUCCGCCUCAGAGCCCACUCAAAGACACACAACAUAGACCACCCGGGGCGCAGCACGCUCACGUUCCAGGCGCCGUCCAGCCUGGACAACUCCCAACAAGUAUCGACGCCGUGCUCUCUGAAGCAGAGCGGAAAAAUUUCCAUAUUCUUGUGGUGGAAGACAAUGCAAUCAACCAGCAAAUCGCAUUGAAAACAAUCAAGAAGCUGAAAUUUUCGGCAAGCGCCGUGUGGAACGGUAAGCAGGCGCUCGAUUACGUAUCGCAGGAACCCACCCCGCAGCACCCCAGACCGGAUAUAAUUCUCAUGGACGUCCAAAUGCCCAUCCUAGAUGGUUACCGUGCAACACACCUUCUUCGACGGCACGCACCCUACAUGGACAUUCCAGCUCUUCUGCGCGUUCCGGUGGUUGCAAUGACAGCAUCCGCCAUUCAAGGCGACAAAGAAAAGUGCCAAAAAGCUGGCAUGGAUGAUUACAUGGCUAAGCCCGUGAAAGGCAAAACCCUUGAACGGAUGUUGGUCAAGUGGAUUCACGAGACGAAAAAUAAAGGGUGGACCCACGAAAAGGCCGGUCUACCAUCGUCGAAACACGAUGCGGAGUGUGGCCAGAACGAUGAAGAACAGUCUAGCCCUGAAGGAAGCCCUGAUCGGAGCAGUCAGCUUGAACCGGAGGCGCGAGAUGCUCAGGGUUCUCCGCUAAACCUCUCGAGACAGUCGUCAGAGACGAGAAAUCGGGAAAUCGCCCAGGAAGCACAGAUGCCUGGACCAGAAACCGAAAAUGAGCGAGGAUUGAGAAGAGCCGCAGCGGAAGAGAAGGCGAGCUCGUUGCGGGAUGACAAGCUUCUUGAUGCGAGUGGCUCUCGCUCGAUGAACGAAAACCCAAGGACCGGAGGAAGUCCUCUUUCGACGCCACUCACGGUAGAAAAUGUGACAAGGUUAUCCGAUGACCAACAGCAGCAAAACCUUGGUCAGGGCUUAGCAGCCCAAAUUCCACAGUCUCAAAACUCCUCUCUGGCGGUGAACGGGAUUCCACUCUCUGCUCCACCAUCCAAAGUAAAGACUUCAACCGUUGCAAAUUCUGAUCGACCCCCGGAUCCGCCCCCUCCAAUCAGAACAGAAAGCAAUGAAAGCGACAAAACUCUGACGAACAAGGAUAGAAGAGCCGAAUCUGACCCGAUAAAGGCUUCGCAAAAGUCCUCUAUGGAGAGUGGCAGUAAGUCUGGUCGGUGACGCCCAUUGUUGCUCGAUCUGCUUCUAUAAAUUCGGGAUUUCAACCGCUAGAUCAGUUCUGAUCUGACGAUUUAUGAUCCUCAUCCUCACGCCAUCAGUCUCUUCGGCCUCAGUACU